AUGUGCGCACCCUUCGCCUGCUUUUCAUCCUGCUUGACGAACGAAAACUAUUUGGAGAUGAUCAAGUACUGGGAGCCUAGCAGACCUGGAAAACGCAAGAUCAUGGUUUUCCAGUACGGGAAGGUGGCAUCCACCGCAAUCGUGAAGGGCCUGAAGCUAUUUGCAAAUCUCACGGCAGCACACGUCCAUGCCAAAUCACACGCGAAGCAGUGGCUGCAAGGCGCUCACGUCGAUCUGCCUGUCCUCCAACAAGGCUUCGCACUGUCGCAGGAAUGGUCAUUGAAUCCAGGAGAUGAGUGCUUCAUUAUCACUGCAGCCCGGAGCCACUUUAGCAGGGAUCCUUCCGAGUACUUCGAGAAUGUUUUGAUGGAGAACCAUCCUUAUGGUUACCAUCCGCGUGGAGUAGAGCGCUUCAGUGACAGAGCCCCACGAAACGGGGAGAGAAGGUGGACUAUGGAGGACAUCGUGUACAUGGGCCAGCACAACGCAGAAGCACUCAUCAAAGACUUCCGCGCCCAGCACAAGCAAGUUCUUGCAUUCUACGCCAAAUGGUUCUCCAGGGAAUUCAGAGGGGCAACAUCUUUGAAUGUUCUCUCGGAGCCUUUUGAUCUGCAGAACAGGUUCUCCUUGAUACAGGGUAAGCAAUGCUCCGCCUUGGUGCUGAGGUCAGAGGAUUCAGAGUCUUGGGGAGAGAUCCUCUCGAAAAUCUUUCCAGGCUUCAAGAUGCCAGUGUUUUCAAAUUCUGGCAAGACAAAGUGGUACAGCGAGGCCUACAAGGCUUUCAAGGGGAACCUCACGUGGACUCGUACCGAGAUCCAGGCCAUGUGUCGCACGGAAACUGAGCGACACUUCUACAAGGCAGAUGCCACGUCUCCUUGCCGAGACUUGCACUGA